CGUGAGAGGAGCAGGUGCGGACAAAACGCCCACUCCACCAUACCAGCACCACCUGACAAUUCGCAGCAUAACCCAUAUCAAAAUCUCCUAAUUACGUGUAGCCCCUCCUGCUCUUACCACUAUAGAGUGUGAGACGUUUUUCGUUCCAGUCCUUGAGGAAGGUUGGAAUUAGGAAUUGGGGUUCCCCUUCGCGUGCGAGGCUUGGCAAUGGCUAAAAUAAUCCCCGGCCUAGCGCCCCCGUCCCGGCGCACAGGCAAAGCCCUCGCCUCGGCCACUGCGGGGGCGUACUGGUAAGAAAAGCCGUGGGGGCGCGUACUGGUGAGAAAAGCCCACUCUCCUCGUAGGGAGGGAGUAGUGCUGCUUCCGCAUCCGUCUUCUUGCUGCGCUUUCCCCUGCGGUGCGCGAGCCGAUCUGGAGUGGUGGGAGGGGGAGGCCGAGAGGGGGUCGGGGUGGGAGUGCUCCCGCAUCGUCUGCUUGGUACGGUUUCCGGGAGGGGGUGGGGUGAUUCCGCAUCGUCUGGUCGCUACCCUUUUCUCUGCGGCGCGCGAGCCGAUCUGGAGGAAGGGGAAGGGGGAGUAGGGGGAGGGGAGGGGUGGGAGCGGCGGAUGCCAUGGGCAGCGGCGCGUCACGGCUGCUGACCGCGUGCACGUGCUCGCGGCCGCCUCCUGCGUCCGUAGACGCGGAUCCGUGCCUGGACGACGCGCUCGGCCACUCCUUCUGCUACGCCGGCGCCGCCACCGCCGCCGCGCACUCCUCGUCGUUCCGGCAUGGAAUCUCCGGCGCCGCGCUCUCCGCCAACUCCUCGGUGCCCGUCCCGCUCUACAACGCCUCCGCCGGCGGCGUGCCGCCGGGAUACUCCUCGGCCUUCCACACCUCGUCGUCCUUCUCAUCCGCGCCGUUGCAGCUGUCCAACCUCUCCUCGGGGCCCCUAUUCCUAUCUGGGCCCAUCGACCGCGCCGGCCAGCUCUCCGGCCCGCUCGACCCCGCCGUGCCCUUCUCCGGCCCGCUCCCCGCGAAGCCUGCCAAGCCCGCGUCCUCGACGUCGAGAAGGCUCUCGAGGAGGUUCCGGAAGCCGUCCUUCGGCAGCCUGCGGCGGAGCGUGUCGGAGAAGAACCUCCCAUGUGUCGUACCGCUCCGCCGCGAUGACGGCGUGCAGUGGGCGCACGGCCGCGCGGGGGAGGACCGCGUCCACGUGGUGGUCUCCGAGGAUCAACGGUGGCUCUUCGUCGGCAUCUACGACGGCUUCAACGGCCCCGAGGCCCCCGACUUCCUCGUCGCCAACCUCUACCGCUUCCUCCUCCGCGAGCUCCGUGGGAUAUUCUAUAAAGAGGCCGACGCGGACACCAGGCGGCGGCUGUGGCAGUUCCUCGUGGACGGCGACGACGACGACAGCGAGCUCGACUUCUCGGGCUCCGGUCGGUUCGCGCUGUCGCUCGACAGGCUCAAGGAGCGGCGGUUUCACAUGUGGGCGCACGCGGCGGCCGUGGGAGACGAUGAGAGCGGCAGGGAAUGGGGUUCAAGGAGGUUGGCUCCGGCCCCGGUGGUGAGGGACCACACAGCCGUGCUGGGCGCGCUCACCCGGGCCCUGGCCGCCACAGAGGCGGCGUACCUGGACAUGACCGACCAGUCGAUGGAAACCCAUCCCGAGCUGGCGGUGACCGGGGCGUGCUUGCUUGUGGCGCUCGUGAGGGACGACAACGUGUACGUGAUGAACCUUGGGGACAGCCGUGCCAUUGUGGCGCAGCGACCGGACGAUGGCGAUGAUGGCUGUACGCUUGGAACCAUGCGGAUGGAGGACAUCGGGGUGGGCUUGGAGAUCGAGACAAGACCCACCGGGUGCUCCAUUUUUGGGCUUAAGCCACUGCAGCUGUCGACUGAUCACAGCACCAGCAUCGAAGAGGAAGUGCACAGGAUCAAACGUGAACAUCCCGAUGAUGAUCAGUGUAUUGUAAAUGAUAGAGUGAAGGGUCGUCUAAAGGUUACCCGGGCAUUUGGUGCAGGGUAUCUCAAACAGGCAAAGUUGAAUGAUGGGUUGCUAGAGAUGUUCCGCAAUGAUUACAUUGGCGAUACACCGUAUAUAUCAUGCACACCCUCACUUUGUCAUCACAAGCUCACAGCAAGGGAUCAGUUUUUGGUUCUUUCUUCUGAUGGCUUAUAUCAGUACCUGAGCAACGAGGAGGUUAUUUUGCAUGUUGAGAAUUUCAUGGAGAGGUUUCCAGAAGGUGAUCCUGCACAGAGUUUAAUUGAGGAGCUUCUCUCUCGUGCAGCGAAGAAAGCUGGUAUGGACUUUUAUGAGUUAUUAGAUAUACCUCAAGGGGACCGAAGAAAAUACCAUGAUGAUGUCACUGUCAUGGUUAUUUCUCUAGAAGGGAGAAUCUGGAAAUCCUCUGGAACAUAUGUGUGAUGAUCAGCUGAAACAAUGUCGAUGUCAAUAUUUAUGGUGAUGCAUCAAGUAACCUCAACUGAUCAGAGCCUCCGAGCAAUUGCAUUUAUGCUCAUCAGGGGAGAAACACCCACAGAUGUCCGACAUAUGAUGCACGCCAUGCAUUUGUCAAGCAAUCGGAGACCAGAGUUGGUCUAGAUCUUAGCUUCAGCACAAAACAGUCCAUAAAUGUGCUAGAGAGCUAAUUCUGGGACGGACCAAGACUGCAGAGAGAUGGAUACGAGGAAUCCAGUGGCAAAACAGGGUUAUAAACCGCUUUCUUUUGCCACCCGCUUAGUUGAUUGGUUAAAUUUACAUACUCACCUGUGACAACACCCCCCCCUCCCCUCCCCUCCCCCUAGCUGGGUAGCUAUGCUGCAUAGAGAUUGGCACUUCUUUCAUUUUUGGAGAAAGAACGUCUUUGGAGCGUGCCGUUUUUGCGUUCAUGUCAGGAAUGGGAAGGAAUGUAAUAUGGAUAUUCAUGGCAAAGAAAAUGAAAAUGCCCCCCCUCACUGGUGCCCAA